AUGUCCUCGUCGUCCAAGACCCCUCCAUCAUCCUCAACCAUCGACGCAGAACUUGAGAAACUGCUCUCUCGUGAGGCAUCUGCGUUCCAAAGGGAAGUCGAAGUCGAGCGCAUCCUCAAGACUCUCAAACUAAAUCCCUAUGAUAUCCUAGACUUAGACGAAUCUGCUUCACAAGAUGACAUUAAGAAGAAGUACCGCCAAUUAUCUCUAUUUAUACAUCCCGACAAAUGCUCUCACCAACGCGCUCCAGAGGCCUUCGACAUCCUCAAAAAGGCCGAAUCCGAGCUCUCCGACAAAGCUAAACGCGAGGAACUCGACGCUAUCAUCAAGCAAGCCCGGAUUCUCGUCCUCAAAGCCCUAUCGUUGCCUACAUCAACUCCUGACUCUGAUCCAAAUCUCAAGUCCCUAAACCCGCCUUUCAAAGUUCGAAUACGAGCCCAAUCAAAGGAACUGCUCAUUGAUGAAGAAGUGCGGAGACGAAAAGCCAUCAAGAUGAAUCUCGCGAAUGAGGGCUUAGAAGCAAGAAAGAAGGACGAAGAAAUUGCCGGCAAAAAGCGCAAGGCUGAGGAGGACCGGCUUUGGGAAGGCACGUCCCUCUAUAACCGAGACCAGCGAGUCGACAGUUGGCGGAGCUUUUCGAACGCGAAGAAGAAAAAGAAAGCCAAAGUCAACAUUCUCGGCUGA